AUCCAGAGUUGUUUCUUGAAAAACAAACAGAACAAAGGUCAAUCACUCCGUCGUGUUUGGUCCAGAAAUGAGUGAAUCCGCGUAAAGGUGAAAAGACUUCCCUUCAUGCUGACUAAAAACACUGCGGACGGAUAUUUUUUGCAGCGGAGGAGUCCCUGCAGUGACACCUGUACUGUGCAACACCUGGCAGACGGGGCGGGCGUUGUGCGCAUGCUCCGUGGCCAGGUUGAACUCAGUUAAAGCAGUUGGAUCCGCAGCUCGUCACUAACAGAGGAGAGUGAGAGCGAGAAGCCGCGUCUCUACUGCUGGAUUACUGUCACUGUCUGUCUGCUCUCGGCUCAGAGAUGCCUCGCUCCUUCUUGGUGAAGAGUAAGAAGGCGCACAGUUACCACCAGCCCCGCAGUCUGGAGGAUGACUACAGCAAGCUGGACACUAUUCUGGCGCACAUUUGUUCAGAAGCAGAUAAGCUCCAGGAGGACCCGGACCUGUCUGUGGACAGGUACGGCCUGUCUCCGGACUCUAACCUGGCUGACGCGGCUGAAUUCUCCCCGAAGUCUCCUCUGAGCUGCGCCGACAGUCUGUGCGGUCGCUCCCCGGAUUAUGAGGACUUCUGGAGGCCUCCGUCCCCCUCUGCGUCCCCAGUGGAUUCGGAGAAAUCCCUGUCCCCUCUGGUGGAUGAGACCCAGCCCUUCACCAUCCCCUUCCGGCCGUACGCCUGGAGCAGCUACCCGGGGACGGGGCUGAGGCCCCUGGUGCAGCAGAGCCUCCACCCCGGUGUGGAGGCGGACAGGGGCCCGGCGGCGUUGGCCUUCUACGGGGACAGGAGCAGCGCUCACUCGGCCCUGUACGCGGAGCGGACUCUGGGUGAGGAGACUUACGGGGACUACCGGAGGCACGCUGCUGCUCUGCUGUUUCCGGACUCAGGCCUGCACGGAAAAGCGCACACCGUGAAGAGCCCGUCUGACCUGCUGUGCUCCAGUCUGAUCCUGAACGGCGCUUACAAGUGCAUCAAGUGCAGUAAGGUGUUUUCUACUCCGCACGGUUUGGAAGUACACGUCCGCAGAUCGCACAGCGGCACGAGGCCAUUUGCGUGUGAAAUCUGCGGCAAAACCUUUGGCCACGCAGUGAGCCUGGAGCAGCACAAAGCGGUGCACUCGCAGGAAAGAAGUUUCGACUGCAAGAUCUGUGGUAAGAGUUUUAAGAGGUCGUCAACUCUGUCGACGCACUUGCUCAUCCACUCCGACACUCGGCCCUACCCCUGCCAGUACUGCGGGAAGAGGUUCCACCAGAAGUCAGACAUGAAGAAACACACUUUCAUCCACACAGGUGAGAAGCCACACAAAUGUCAGGUGUGCGGGAAAGCGUUCAGCCAGAGCUCCAACCUCAUCACACACAGCCGGAAACACACCGGAUACAAACCUUUCGGCUGCGACCUCUGCGGGAAAGGCUUCCAGAGGAAAGUGGAUCUGAGGAGACACAAAGAGACGCAGCACGGACUAAAAUGAAGCUGCGCACAUCAUGUCAUAUAAUCUGAGUAUUUAUAUCAUUAUUCUUCAAAAGAGUGAGGACAUGUGACAAAGACUUUUUAGACAGAAGACAGUUUUCUUUUUCCAAUGGCGAAGCUUGAGGACAUUUCUUGGAUCAACAUUGAUCCACUUUUAGCUGUAAAGUGCUUUAGAAAUAUAUAUAAUUAUCUGAGCCGAUUGGCAGAUUAUUUAUUUAUUUUAAUAAAGAAAACGUUUAUGUCUCACGAAUAAACCGACAGACAAUGAGAAGACAUCAACACUAAUUAUUAAAGGCCCAGAGAACCAGAGAUAAGCUGUGAGGAAUGCAGAUAUGAUGGAGCAUGUAUCGUGUCUGUAUGUGGGCUGACAUGACUCAGCUUCAGCUUUAAACCCAAAAUAUUUGUGCUCACACUUAAAUAACCGGAUCGACGAUAAAGCCGACAGAGAUGAAAAUCUGCGCUUCUCCAAAGAACAGAGGUGGUUUUUUUGUUUUCAGUGCGGAGACAUGCUGGCAAAACAGCCUCCUCACCCUGUGUGAUUUAAUAAACAGGAGGGUUACUGCCUUAUCACCAACUUCUCAUCUGCAGCUUUUACAUUUUGCACAUUUCAUUGUCGGAAUUUGUCAAAUAAAUAUACUUUUUUUUCC